CUCAAAUAAAUACCACAGCGCGUUCGUCGAGAAGCACAGAUCAGGUGUGGCAAGUGAAGACAUUUCACAGGAAAAAAAAUUAACAGUCCUUGCAAAAUGAAGGUUUUCUCAUCUCUGUGUUUGCUGGCUGUGGUAGCCGCGGUCAUCGCUGCUCCUAGCGACCCGGCUGUGCUAGUGCCCCACGUGUCCCCAACUGCCCACAGCGUGUCCAGCGUCGGUGCCUCGGGGAACCAUGGACAACCUGCCUCCACAGACGAGGACGAACACGCGCUGGGAGGUACUCGUCAAACAGUCGUCGGUAGUGUUGCACCGAGCCCCGUCCGUGGAGUUUUCGGCAGUCGACCCACCAGAACUGUUACUUUGGAGGCUAACCACCCCGUUGCUGCCAGCAGCUCCCACGACGAGACCUCCGGCAGCAGCGCCACCUCGAGGCCACACAGGCAGGAGAGCAGCACUCGCCGCGGAAUCCCUAUUCCUGUCGUUCUUCGUGACGACGGCCAGCCCAGCGCUCAGGCUCAGGUCGGACACCCUUCUCUAACCGCUGUGACCCACGGAGACGCCCACAACACUGAGGCAGUCACUGAGCACGACGAGGAGGCACAUGAAUCGUCUGACGAGGAAGAGGAUUCAGAACAUAACUCUCAGGCCCUUCCCUCCGACACCUGGGCGUGGCCACAGGCGUCGAGGACCAUGAGUCGCCGUAACUUCGACUUCCGCCCCAUAACCUUCCCCCGCCACGACCCCCCCUCGUUCCAGCCGGCACCCCUCAGCGCUGCCUACACCUUGAACAGGGUUGACCAGGACGCGGAGGAGGUUCCUGUGGAAGUCGGCGAAGGACACCCGGCGCCGGACCUCAGCCGCGACACAGCCGUCAACUUCCUCCCUGCGGAUAGGCAAGGGAUGGUGAUGGUCGAGCCUGACGCCGAGAUCUUCGACCUCAACAGCGUCGUCGAGAAGUCCAACGCCCUUGAGUUCAGUUAAUCAAUAACUCUUGUAUUGCUCAUUGUACGUUUAAUGACGCGACGGUUAUUUAACGUUUAAUGACCAGCUGUUAUGACGCAGCUGUUUGGUUGGCGUUUUCAUUUUCACUCACGUUUUUCUCUUUCAGGUUUACGACAACAUUGUCAAUUAAAUACAUCUUUUCACGUUAACCCAUCCCUGAGGAUCUCUAGAAUGCAUGGGAAACAACUCUAGUCCUUUUGUUUCAAAUACAUCAAAACUUCUUUGUGUACUUUCGUUUUAUCUGUCUGACGUGAUGCGUACAACUUCUGUUCUUUGUUCUCAGUUUUAACAUGCUACAUGAAAUGUACAACUCUCUUAAUAAUAAAGAUUAAUAUUUCUA